AUGUCCGCACAGCCCUCUUCGAGCUCCUCUGGCGUCGCUGCCAAUGCAGACGCUUCUGCGAACGUGAAAAGCCACCAUCGACGUACUUCCUCGCUGCUCCCCAGCCUCAACUCGCUCGGAUCGUUUCUCGCAGGCGGCCUAACCAGUCCAGCUGCUGCUUCCAAUCAAGACACGUACGCUUCUCCCGUCGCCGGCGGAGCGCUUAGCACGGAUGCCGAGCUUGUGAUCUCUGAUCCCAGUCCGACCGUCUGGGCGGAUGAACAGAGUCCGGCCAGGUCGCGCUUUGGGCGUCAGCGUCGCUCUGAUGCUCCUCGGCGCCAAGAGGCCGUCACAAGGGGCGUCAGGGAUCUAAGCGAAGAGAUCAAAUUUCGCGGACCCGCACAGCACUUGCCCACCGAUCCCAGUCAGCAGUCGGUGAUCGCCUUUCCCGCACAAGGUUCGCGCAGACCGUCGGGUUCCAGGACUAGCUCGGCAACAAGCACAGCCAGAGGCUCAGACACAGACGCCAGUGCCGUGUAUAGUGCAGAACCGAGCCUGGAUUCGCCCGACACCUCUGCAACGUCGAUCCUCUACUCUCCCAGGUCCAACACCAAGGAGCUGCCUCCCACCCCACCCCCGCCUCGGUCGGAAAGCACCAUCAAGGAAGAGCCAACACCGCACCUCUCGUCAUCGUUGGCGGACCGUUCAGAUUCUAGGUACGCACAUCAGACGCUGCCGCGCUCGUUUGCGUCUCGUUCGACGACGUCCCAAACGGAUUCGCAGCAAGACAGUCGACGCAGCGCCGCUCACGCCAGGACAGCGUCGCUCAGCGCUUCCACCGGCCGUUGCGCUCCACGCUUCGACCCUCUGACGAGCGAAGAAAGGACUGUUCAGCGCCAGGCCGGCUUCCGUGCGCGCAGCAUCAAUUCCAUCCGAGGGCUCGCCGCAGCUUGGGUGCCCGCGAGAUUCGUAUCCAGUUCGGCCUCCGAGACAUCGUCGGACGAUCUUUCGGCUCCGGACGCCAGCAGUCCGCGCGCAAUUAGCGACCAGAUGGCCUUGACAAAGCUCGACAACGAAAAGAGUCUGGUGAGCACAGGCCAAGCCAAGAGACCAGUCAAGCUCGACAGGAGGAGGUUGGACAAGGCGGUGAGUUUGGCGGUCGAAGCUGCACAGGCGGCCGAGGAGGACGAACGGGUGUGGGAGCAGAAGCAGCGCGCCAAGCGUUCAGCGCAAACUACGCGAUCGCGACCGACUUCAAGACCAGUGUCCGGAGAUGCUUGGUCGUCGUCGUUCAACGUCAACGCUGAGCCGGCCGGUGUCGCAUCGUUGUCCGAUGCAGAAGCAAGCAACACCUCGGACUCGGAGCAGGACCAAGACGAUCUAGGCUUUUCUUUGGACCUCUACAUCUCUUCUCUCGGCUACCUGAUCUCGGCGAUUUCCGACAAGGAAGCGCCCGGACUCAGCAGCAAGCAGAAGCAAGAAAUCCGUCAACGCCUCGAAGAAGGCAUGUGCAAACUUGGCUUUGACGCCAAAUCCGAGCUCGAAAAGGCGCAAGCCAUGAAGCGUGACCUUGAGCUCGAACGCGAGAAGCUGCAGCUGCAACGCGAACUCGCGUCGCCCAGCUCGUCGCCUGCCAGCGUGAUUCACCACCACUACCAUACAGCUAUGCCCUCGAGCGGAUCGUACGACGCGCGCAACUUUUCCAGGGCGCAUGCGGCAGCGAAAGCGUCCGGAAGGGCGAGCUCGAGUCUGGCAGGCAAGAUCGGGAGUGGUGUUUUGGAUGUAGGCUUGCAUAUUGGCGCUGGGGCGCUGAGUGCGCUGAGCGCCAAUCUGAGCGCGAUCGCUCCGAGGACAGCAAGGAGUAGUGCAGAGUCCAAGGGUAAGGAGGAAGAUGUGAGGAUCACCGAUCUCGACAACGGCGAAGAUCUGCCGACACUCUCCGAGACGGAUCGCUCGUCGAGAAGCGCCUCUCAACCGGGGAGUGGAGCGGCGACACCUAGGACGGCGUGGACGCGAGCCAUCAGCCAGAACAACAAGCAGUGGGAGCUAGCGGUGGCUUUCGCCAGUACUGCCGCAAGCGCACUCGCCACGAGUCUGGGCGCAGUGGCUCGACAAGAACAAACGCCAGCGCCGAGCUCGACCGAACUCACUUGCACCGCCGGCACGUUGACCAAGGAAGAGCAAAUGCACCUCGCUCGAUAUGCAGAUGCGCGCGGCUCGGCAGCAGGCGAACCGGGCGAGACAGCCGAAGACCGACUAAUCCUGCUCUCGGCUUCGCUCGCGCGAGCGCUAAAGCGAUCUCCUCUGCCUACGCAGCUGUACCAACUACUGCGGCAGAUGGUAUCGAUCCUCGCUGCCAUCGAUGCAAAGUACAGCCUGUCCGAAAAGGGUACACAGCUGGCGGUGCGCGAGACGAGCCGAGCAAUGCGCUUUGUGCGCAGGCACGACCUGCACGUCAAAGCCGUCAGGGUGGCGUGGGCGGCAGCCGAGGCGGCUGUAGCUGCACUCGAGGCGUACAGAGACGAGAGAGGCUGGAUCGAGAUGCAGCAGCAGCAGCAGAGAAUCGCCAACACAAGCGCUAGCCAUGCUCCUUUGACGCCCACGUCGCACCUCGACACCACGCCCCUGCACGCCUCACCACGCGUGCCCGCUUUGGCCAUCGCGGAGCGUCACACGCUCGAGCAGUGCUUCGACGAUGCUCACACCGUCGCCACUGCAAAGCACGCCAAGCGCGUCAGUCAGGAUCAGCCUCAAUCCUAG